AUGACCGACUUCCAGUCCACAUUCGAAUCGCCACUCGAUUUCACAAAGCCGAUAGGGUUUUCUGCAGAUAUGAGUGACAACAUCGACCCAUCCAAUCUCAUCUCCUACCAGCCCUCUGACACCGAAUGGCUGACUAAAGACCCCUUUGAAAUGCUGCCUUGGGACUCCUUCGGUGCCGAUCAGACCUUCCAUCCAUUCUCGGAGGGUGCUGGCCUUGUUGAACUCGAGCCUCGCACUUCAUACGCCACGAGCAACCAUGGUUCUCCGGCGGGGUAUGGAGGUUACACGAUCAAGACUGAGGAUGCCUUGUCUGACGCAUCUCCUCUUUCAGAUCCCGAGAGCGAGAUGUGGUCCCCAUCACAUAACAACGACAUCAAAAGCGGCAGCUUAUCCCCCGUCGAUGCCAUUGGUGUCACCUCACGAACAUCCUCCCAACAGAACGACAACACCACAACCAAUAAUACCAACAACACAAGCCCUCGAAAACCCUCCAAUGCAUCCUCGUCAUCCUCAACCUCCUCCCCGUCUUCCCCACUCGCCUCGCCCAAAUCCACAAUCUCCUCCAAAAUAUCGAAUACCAAAUCCUCCCGGUCAGGAGUACACGCACAAGACACCGAUGCAGCCGCCGUCAUGAAACGGAAAAAGGCGGCCCACAACGCCAUCGAGAAACGGUACCGGACAAACAUGAACGCCAAGUUUCUGGCGCUGGGGAACGCUAUCCCCCGGCCCGGAGGCUUUACGAGCACACAGUUAGCAUCCAAUAAAGGACCCAGGAAACACUCAGUCUGUCAACCUUCGCGUGGCGAGACCGCGUCGGUGGGAAGACGGCAAUCAGAGCAACAGCAACAGAAUAAAUCAGAGAUUCUCACAAACGCAUUAUCAUAUAUCCACGAACUGCAAGAUGAGAAUUCGAGGUUGAAGAGUGAAUUACUCGUUCUCAAGGAGAACUUAUUACCAAGAGGGGGGAAUAUGAUGUGGCGGCGAUAA